ACGCAACGAUGUCACUGCAUGAAGAGUCACUGAGUGAACUGAUUCAAAAGAGUCACUGAGAUGAAUCACUAGCGCUUAUAGUGGGAGGGAAGGGGAGGGGCACGAAUGCAGUCCAUACCGAUGUGAUGCUGCUGCUCUAAACGCCAGUCUCACUCCCUGUCAGUGCCACUGCACGUCCACGAUCCAGACAUUACUGGAGUGUUGCACCGCGCAAAACAUUUCAGUAGCGUGUCUGAUGGAAACGGAGCCCGCCAGACAUGUGCGCGAACAUCCUCGGCGCGUUGAAAAGCCUGUUUAGGAAACCCUUUGAUGGUGGGAAGAGGACAAUGGGUCAUGGCAGUCAACAGCCACAAACUCAGCAGAUGCCAGGACCCUUCCCAGGUUAUUCACGUCCCCAGGGCCCCUACCCCGGGCAGCACCCAGCCCUGUUACGGCUAGACGAGGUGCAAAGGGAGAUUGCCACCCUGGGCCCACAGGUGUGCUCUUACAGCGGCCUGCAGAGCGACAGAGAGUACAAACGACUGGAGCGAGAGCUGACCCGAUUGCUGCUGGAGGUCGAUCAGGUGGAGACGGAGGGCCGGCCGGAGCUUCAGCAGGCUCGGAAGUGUGCGGCAGGAGAGGUGGAGGGUCUGCUUCGCUACCUGGAGGGUAAUGCCACGCAUCCGUCCCGGCUGGCCAUUGAGGAACUGACCCAGGAGGCGCAGUGCUUGCUGAAUGAAGGGGUCGUAGGGCCGUUCCGACAGGGCCAGGCUCAAGAUGCCUUUGAGAUCAGUGAGGAGCUGGUGGAGGCUGUGCAGGACGUGGCCAUGCGGCUGGCUCAGGUUAAGACGGGAGGGAGCGUUCCUCUCCGAAAGGCCCGUUACAGAGCAUUGACAAGGGUCUGUGCAGUACAGGAAAUACUGGAGGGUCGUGUACGCACUCAUACAUUGGCGCUGCCAUUGUCAGAUGACACACACGAGGCUGUGCAGCGUAUUAAUCAAGUCAUGGCCCAGGUGAGUGGAGCCCGGUGUCAGGAGGUGGCUCUGCUGAUGGGUCUGAGCGGGCGUGAUAGCUGUGCCCACCUGGCGAGGAUCCUUACUGAGCUGUUGGUUGAACUGGACGCCCUGGAUGUGUCUAGUGAUGCUGCAGUGAGGAACUACAGAAAACAAGUGGUGGAGGAGAUCAAUGGUCUGCUAAAACAUCUUGACCUGGAGGGAGAAGGAGAAGAAACACGCAGGUAUGAUCUAGCGCAGAAUGACUCGAUCCGUGAAAUUGAGGCGAUCAGGGGCCGUGUCUCGGAGCUACGGGAGGAGGUGCUCCGGUACGGUGCUUCAGGACAGGGGACGGAGCUGCAAGCUCUCCUCAUGCACCUGGAUCAGGUGGACACGGGGCGAAAUCCCUGCAUUCGGGAGGCACGGCGCAGGGCCGUGCUGGAAGUUCAGGCUCUCAUCACCUUCCUAGACCUCUGGGAAGCCCUCGGACGGCGUAACCCUGGAGCAGACGAGCCCCCGUCUCAUGCGUCUGUGUGGCGUGUCUUAGCCAGCCUGUGCGACCUGCAGGCUCAGGUUUUGGGCUUUGACGGCAAGAGGGCAGACAAGAGCUACAUGGUAUUGGAAGAGCUACUGACCAAACAACUACUGGCUCUUGAUGCUGUGGACCCUCAGGGCGACCAGGGGACCAAAAUUGCCCGUAAGCAAGCUGUUAAAUACGCCCAGAAUAUCCUUAAUUACCUGGAUAUGAAGACAGAUGAGUGGGAGUACUGAGAGGCCAAUAAAAGAGACUGAGAAUAAGGAAAAGCUUUUUUGCCUCUUGUGCAACAUGUGAGGACACGGUCGUGCUGAGGAUACAGUCCACAGGCGGAAUCCUUAAUUUGUCUAUAAAAGACUUUGUGUAUUGCUGUGGGCAGUUAGACUGUUACCCAUGAUGCACUGCACCUGCUGCUUUUAUUGGCCCAUGACUGGUCCCUGAAAACUGCCUUUCUUCUGCAAGAAGGAAAUGCUGUUUCUAAUCCACAUGAAUCAUUUGUUUUCAGGACAAUGACCCCUGACGAUCUUUUUAGUUGAGUCUGUGCUUGUGUGAUUGGUGUCUGCUGCCAAAAUCUGUUUCUUGCUUUUCCCAACAUGCCUCUGUGGAGCACAUUUCAGGCUUUGUCAUGGUGUGUGUACAUCACCCCUUCAUUCCUAUCCAGUUAAGGCAAGUAUAGGCGCGGAUGAUCCCGUUAUGACCACAACAGUUGAGCAAUGGGCCAUUUCCUGUUAGUCACACAUAAUGGAAAAGGCAUUUCAAGCUGUGUCAUAAGUUUAAUCUCUUCUCUAAGUGGCACUGUCAGAGCCUGAGCUCUCCUCGAUACAAUUAUUAGCCGAAUAUAAACAACAACUGGCCCAGUGGAACAAUAUUUGAUCAUUUUCUGGCACCUUCUUCAUAUAUGUCCCAGUUUAUGUUAAGAAAAUGUUAUCUUACAACAGACGAGAGGGAAUAAUCAGUUUAAAGGUGAAGUGUCAUUUCUGCACCGUUAGUGUCACCAAGUUGACAUUGUUUACACUGUACAAAAAUCAAUCAGAUUUCUAACCCUUCCUGCGGUUUUGUCAGAUUUCAUAGAGGACUUGUGACCACAAUUGCAAUG